UACCUUAUUGUUGUUCUUCUCAACGGCCGUAAGACUGUGGACCCCAAUCCUAAACAGCCAGUGCCAUAAAAAUCAUAUAAUAAUAUAUUGUUCUUCUCAUUCGCAGUGGCAAUAAGAAACUAUUGACAAUAUAAUCAUCUUCCCUAGAUAACCCAGUUGAAAAACAUUAUUUAUUAGCGUACAAGGUCAAUGAGAUUUGUUCUUAAUUAAUAGCUUCGUCUAAAACUAGAACGAUGAGUGAGAACAACAGUGAUGAUUUACAAUCUCCACAAAGGAAAAAUCACGAAGGACCUCCAAAACGCCGACAACUCGACACCCUCAACUCAUUGACCCCUAACAGCUCAGACAAUGACCCUGUGCUAAUAUCCAAAUGGCAGAAAAUCGGUCUCACCAGAGAGCUCAGAGUCGUUGUCACUGAGUUAUCUGAAAUAGAAGCCACUGUGUCUAAACUUCGGGGAAUGAGACGAGAGAUGAAUAAGAUUUUUGAUGAAGAGGAACAAAUUCUCGAAGUACAGGCAAAACUAAAGAGAGAGACCAUGGAACAUCUGGAACUGGAUCUGGAGAAGUCUUAUGCGCAAGAGGGUCUGGACCGCCCAGCGACUGUUGAAGUUGAAAUGGCGAUGAACAGAAGGAUAAGUGGAAAAAUAAAGACAAUAAUGUCCAACAAUUCCAGACGUGUGAAUCUUGCUAAUACUGAGCAGGCUGCAACAACCUCAAAGUUUAAGGAGAGUGGAGCAGAGCCCCAGAUGCAACUAGAGAAAAAGAUAAAGAUCGAGUUGGAAAUUCAGGAAUUAGACUCUCAAGAUUCUGACCUCGAAGAGGCCAACUUUCACCGUAUUCCCCGGAAGAAGAAAAAGACACCUGCCAAUGGACUCGAAGAGCAAUUGCAAUCAGCAAAGAACGCCAUUUCAACGACUCGUGAAGGUUUGAAGAAGAAAUUGCGGUUUGAGGAGAAAAUAUCCAAUGUCACAAAGAAAUUGGAUGAUGCAGAGGGAGUUGAACAGCAGGGUGUGCGCCGCAAAACGACACGGAGUGAAGCGUCGUCAACCGCUUCAAAGAACAGGACCACGCGUUCGCAGGAGCCAGAGGUCGUGUGGAUACAUGAGAAAAGACAUCAGUGGGCUAGUGAUGAACUGCAGACGACAAAUCGAGGAACCGAACGAAGAUCCGAAGGCUCAAAAGCAAUGAGAGAGUGUUCGACAUCUAGAAAUGCUGAAGAGUCUGACUCGGAGUUGAUUGUCGUUGACGUUCAUUCAGACGACAAUGAAGCCCCACCUGGUGAGCAAGCUGACGACAAAGAUAAGAAGCCAUCUGAAGGAGAACAAUCAUCUCAAGGUCGCAGAAUUAUCGUUGGAAAUUAUCACGUUUUACCGUCGGAUUCAAAAUUCUUUGAGAUUGAUUAUGAAAAACACUACAGAUGUAACAGUGCCAGGAGGUUUGCCUGCAAUAAGUGUUCCUCGAAGUCACACAGUGGUAGGCAGAGAAUAGAGGAUCACAUAUGGGUCACUCAUUAUGGAGGGCGCUUCAACUGUCCUUUUUGUCCUUCCUCCUUUUCACGGAGGGACGACAUAAGACCACAUAUGAAGGUCCGAAAACAUAAAUAGGGUGCUACGAUGUAUUUACAUUACUGUUCAGUCUCCACACAAGAUACUUUCGUACAGAAUACUAGACCUAGAAUUCGUU